UAAGAAAGUAGUUAUCGGUUUAUCGUUCGAAUAAUUUCAAAAUAAAUAAAAGCGAUCAUAGGAUUUCGCUCCAGAUAAUGAGCAAAGUACUUAAUUUGCUCUGAAAAGAAAAGAAUUUGACUUGUAAACAUUUGCGUUCACCACGCAAUACGCAUGCGCGAGCAGAAAAAAAGUCGGCUGUCUGCUGACGGCGUUAUCAAAAGCAAAACAUUGCCCCAUGAUAUAUAAUGGUUCAGUCACAGUGACAAUUCACAAUUACCGGCAUUACUCUUUUUGACAUUGAAAUUAACGUACAUCGUUACGUAAAUCGUAUAGCGUGAAUUUGUUUUAUUGUUCUGUUUUUAUUUAAACAUUUAAUAAAUGAAAAUGGUAGACAUUGCAAGCAAUCUCCAAGUUAUACGGGACAAAAUUGCGGCCGCGUCGGUCAAACGAGCUGCGGAAUACAAGCACUUUGAACCUUGCCUUGUAGCUGUUGGUAAAAUUCAUCCUGCUCAGAGCAUCAUUCGUGCUUACGAAGCUGGACAAAAGCAUUUUGGUGAAAAUUAUGUCAAUGAACUCGAGGAAAAAGCAAAUAAUCCUGAAAUACUAGAACAAUGCAAAGAGAUACACUGGCACUUCAUUGGACACUUACAACAAAACAAAGUAAACAAACUCUUGAAAAUUCCAAAUCUGUAUAUGGUAGAAACUGUUGAUUCUGAAAAAAUUGCAACAGCUCUCAAUAAUAGCUGGCCAAAGUUUAGAGGUGAUGUCGAUACGAAACUUAAAAUAAUGGUACAAGUUAAUACGAGUAGGGAAGAAGCUAAGAGUGGAUGUGAACUUGAAAAUACAUCAACAAUGGUAAAGUAUAUUCUUGAUCAAUGCCCCAAUUUAGAAUUCAAAGGGCUAAUGACAAUAGGGGAAUAUGGUUAUGAUAUGUCAAGGGGACCUAAUCCAGAUUUUGUUAAAUUGAAAGAAUGCAAAGAAAAAGUUUGUAAAGAACUUGACUUGGACAUUAAGGAAGUUGAAUUGUCUAUGGGCAUGUCUACAGACUUUGAACAUGCAAUUGAACUUGGCAGCUCAUAUGUUCGAGUUGGAACUGCAAUUUUUGGCGAAAGACCAAAGAAGUAAUGUAAAGUAUAACAACAGAUAUAUAUCUGUUGAUCAAAAAUUGUAUUUAUUUAUUGAAUUUUAUUUCAAAACUACAUGAGUUACAUUCAAGCUGUAAAUAUUAUUUUUAUAUUGUAAACAUUGAAUUUGUAUUUUCAAUAAUAUAUUUUUGUUAUUACUUA